GGCAAAAGCGGAGAGAUACGCGUAUGAGAUAUCCCCACCACUCUAUUAAUAACGUACAUAUUAGUGUUCAAAUGGACAGUUGAGCAGUCGGCUGUACACCGAAUACUUGGACGGGUUGAUUAACUAACUGCAAGUUCGUCAGCGAAGAUCGAUCGUUGCUAGUGAAAUUAUCAACUUACAUUCAUUUACCUGAAAUUAGAGUCACUUUGACAUACUGACAUGCAAAGAACGUAUUUAUUUGUCAUUCUUAUUUUGAUCUCAGUGUUCUCUGUAUGCUGCUUGGCUAUGAACCAGAACUCAUUCGGGAAUACUACUAAAACAAGACUCAAAAUACUUGGCGUCUUCGGACAUCUAGGCAAGAGUCAUUUCGACGUGUUUAAGCCGCUUCUAGAGGAAUUAGCUCGAAGAGGUCAUGAGCUCACUGUGGUCUCAUAUUUCCCUAGAACCGAUAGUGCAAAGAUGAAGGAGCCGCUACCUAAUUAUAAAGAUAUCGAUUUGGUGGAUCCGGAGAUCGGCGUCUUCGUAGACGUUAUAGAUCUUGAAAGGAUUAAUCACGCGUGGUUCCGUCCUUUAAGGGAACUACACAUGCUGAGAUACAUGGCAGAUUAUGCGUGUAAUACCGGUCUGCGAAGUUUGGCUGUCAAAACAUUUCUACAAUCUGACGAAAAAUUUGACCUGAUUCUUACGGAGAACUUUAAUACCGAUUGUUAUUUAGGUUUUAUAUAUCGUUUUAAAGCACCUUACAUAGCCAUGUCAUCGCAUCAAAUCAUGCCGUGGACCAACAACGAUAUGGGCAAUGCGGACGAUCCUAGUUACAUUUCAGUGUUAUUUCUUGGCUUUACUAAACCUUUAGAUUUCUUCAGUCGAAUGCAAAAUGUAAUGUGGCUGUCAUUGUCUAAAAUGAUCUACGAGUAUUGGUUUCGAUCUGCCGAUCAAGCCAUUGCCAAUGAAGUUUUCGGUCCGGGUCUUCCUAAGCUGAAAGAAAUCGCCCAGCAAUCACAAGCGUUGCUUGUGAAUACCCAUAGUAGUAUUCAUGGUAGUAGACCUCAGCUACCGAAUGUAGUGGAAAUCGGUGGCCUUCACAUUUCAUCCAAGAUCAAACCGUUACCCAAGGACGUAGCCGAGUUUCUUGAUAGCGCUCAUGAGGGAGUGUUGUAUUUCAGUUUGGGCUCAAUGAUCAAGAUGCAUUCGAUGCCACGAAAGAAACUGGAUAUGAUAUUAAAUGUGAUUGACUCGAUACCGCGGAAAGUGCUUUGGAAGUGGGAGGCUGACGAGCUACCGCGUAAGCUGGACAACGUUAUGUUCAGGAAAUGGCUGCCCCAGUUUGACGUGAUAAAUCAUCCGAAUGUCAAGUGUUACUUCGGUCACGGUGGACUUCUCGGUCUCUCAGAAGGGGUAUAUGUGGGUCUACCGAUGGUCUUGAUGCCGAUGUACGGUGAUCAGUUUCACAAUUCUUUUGCUGCGGCAAACAGAGGUGCUGCAAUAGUAGUUUCGUACAAUGAUUUAACUGAACAAUCAUUGAGACACGCUUUGGAUGAAGUCUUCAAUAAUACAAGCUACCGUGAGAACGCCCAGAAGCUUUCGAAAGCUUAUCGCGAUCGACCUGCUUCGCCGUUGGAGACGGCGAUAUGGUGGACGGAAUACGUCGCCCGCGGCAAUGGCAGACCUUACUUCCGUAGUGAUGGCGCGCAUCUAACCUGGUACCAACGUCAUCUCAUCGACGUCGCGCUUGUUUUUACUAUUAUCUUUGUGGCGUUCAUCUACAUCCUUUUUCGGUUGAUCAAGCUACUGCUGCUGCUGUUCAGAGUUGUCAAAGGAAUGCGUGGAAGCAAGACCGGGGGUAAAAGCAAAUUGGAGAAGAAGAAAGACUGAUGACCAGAACUGGGCACAUUCGUGUAUUUGAAAUACAAUUUGUAUUUUGUAUUUUGUAUUUCAAAUACAAUUUCCAUAUAUUUUGUAUUUGAAGUACCAACAAAUCUUUUAAAUAAAUUCUUAACAACAGUAGUAGGAACUUCAAUUUUUCUUACAUGGCGAUAUCAAUUUGAAACUUUUUACCUACUACAAAAAUAGACUCUGAAAGAAAACGUAUUCAAAAUUUGUGUGUCAACUGUAUGGAAGCAAUGAAAACUAAUAUGUUUGAACAGGCUGGUACAAGUGGUACUAGUACUAGUUACACGGAUAAAGAUUUUUUUAUUUUUUUUCUUGUCCAAAACAGAAAUACAACAAUCUCAACAACAACUAGAGUUUGUAUCAUAUCUAAAUGACAAAUCAAGUCUUUAUCUUCUUCAAACAAUUAUCUAAAAAAUUAUUUAUAAAAUUUAUCACAAGCUUAUGUUCUUUGGCAGCUGUAGAGUGACUAUUUUUCUUUGUAAGGUUUAUUCAAUCACCUACAAGACAAUCACUUUCAGAUAAAUGUUUUCAAAAAUUAAAUUUGUUUUAAAGAAAAUUACACUCAUUUAAGUGACAAUGUGGUUAAGUAAUUUUCAGUUGAUUUUUUUUCAGUUUCUCUGUGUGACCAAUCAAGACAUUUAUGAUACAAAAUCGCUUUCAAUCUCUGUCUCGUAAAUUGUUUAAGACAAGUGACAUUAUUUUUUGUUUAUUUAUUAUGCAAGCGGCUUUUAUUGUACUGUAAUGCACGAUUAUUAAUGCACAUUUGAUUAUUAUUCUGAUUAUUGAUCUGAUAUUACUCUGAUAUAAUCAGUACCAGAUAGCAUAAUUUUUUUCACAGUUUUGAUGCUAUCAUAAUUUUUAUAAAAUAUAUUUUGUAUUUCAUGGAAGUAUUUCAAAUAAAAGAUUUGGAAGUA